AUGUCUUUACACAUUUAUAUCGCUCACUCCGGUGAACACCUACUGGCCGAUCCAGUAGCCUUUGCUUCCCCUGAUGCGCUCAAAUCAUGGGUCGUUCGGUAUACGUCGAUUCCUCCUUCCAGGCAGAUCUUGAUGACUGCCCGGGGGAAGAACGUGAAAACACAAACGCUUGCCACUGAGACUGAAAUAUUCGUGUACGACCGACAAUAUGUGAGCGAAUCCCGCGAGAUCGAGCUUCCAAUGCUCCCUGAACCCGAACCCUAUCAGCCCAGCAGCCCUCCGGCUUCUCUCACCGAUCAGAACGACCUCCAGGCAUGGCAAAAUCUCUUCAUGGCAAGGAAGACCUGGGCUCAGGAUUUAUCCAAGAGCUGUGGAACCACUGAUAAGGCGAUCCAGGAGCAUAGUGAGCGAACGGAUGUCAUCAACCGCGCCGUGGGUGUCGCACUCGAGAACCUCAAGUCUCACGUGGGCAACCUGGAACACCGGUUCCAAGAUGCUCAGACAUGGGCCUCUAGCUUACUGGAGGAGCAGCAGACCGCUCUGGAUGGCUGGCAAGAUGCUCUGGCGCGACUAGAAAACAUCCCGGCCCGGAAAGACUUUCCUCUUCUUGGACGCCCAUCUACACCUAAGAAAGAUAACAAUCGACCAACGGGGACUCUGAAUGAUUUUGUUGAUGCGAAUGAAGUCCUACAAGCUGGAGCGGAUGCUGCCAUUGCAUCGCCGCGCUUCGCUGGGCAGAUGCAAGAUAUUGGGAAGACGGUCGGUGAGAUUGCUUCGGAUACCCAACACUUGGUUGAUGACAUCCUCUCUUCCCCGCCGAAGUGGACGAGGAUCGGCUCAGACUAUGAGCAUGUUCUUGGGCUCCCAAAUAACCAGAAGAUGCUGGCAAAUAUCUCCAGGCUUGCACUAAACCAUACUCAAAAUCUCCUCCCCUCUCUUUUGGCGGCCGGCGCAGAUCUUCAGCAAGCCCUCGCGCAUUCUGUGCGGCGGCGCAACGCCGCCGAGAAAACAGCUCUUCAAAACAUGCGGACCAUCUCAUUUCUCCAAUCCCGUCUGGCCGACGCCCACACCCAAUUGAUCAACCUUGACGUGAAUACCAAUGCUUUUGAAGUCAUCGACUCGGUCUUUCAGAUGCCGAUGGUCUAUGGCUCGAUUCUGAUCGAGUCUGUGCGGCGUCACGAGUGGAGCGGUAAGAUCAAGGCAGACUCCUUGAACUUGGCGGAAGAGAUGGCUGUCCUAAGAGACGAAGAGCAAAGACGCCGAAAGAAAUGGGUCAAAAACAUGGGAGAUCACAUAUCCUUUGGGGAUUCUACAACCAUUGGGAUUGAAGUGAACCUCCAAGGACAGGAUGAAGAAUGGCCUGUAGUAUCCCGGAAAGAGAUCGAGACUUACAUAGAAGAUCUACGGUCGAAGCAUUCCCUCACAAAAAUGGCGGAUGACUUGUCUCAGCAGUUGAAAGAAUUGGAUGCACCCACACGCCAGCAAAGACGACGAGCCAAGGCAUUCAAGAAUGGCAGUGUGUUUGACAUGGGCCGAAGCUCUAUGUUGCUACGUGGAGAUGACAUGGUUCGAAGCCUGCAGGAUGAGAAGACCAAAUUGGAAGAGCGGCUCAAGGGCUCCGAGAGUCGGAUCCGUAAGCUGGAGGACCUACUCCAUCGGCAAAGCCACCUCAGUCGGCCAUCUAGUGGGAAUUUUGGACCGGAAUUCCCAAGUUCACCAGCGUCUCCACAUCUCGAUACUCUCUCUAGGCGGUCCUCGGUAUCAUCGAGGCGUGUGUCUAUGACCCAGUCCCCUGAGGACAAAGUGCUUGUCCAGCGCAUAGUCUCUCUCGAAGCCGAACUAAUGACCGAAAGGGAGGCCGUGCAGAGGCUUCAGAAGGAGGCCCAUGCUGAGCGGCAGACUAAUUCCGAUAAGUACCAAGAAGCUCAAUCCACCAAGAAGGACCUUAUUGGAAACCUAGAGGCUCGGCAGCGUGAAUUUGAGGAUGAGCGAAAAUACCUCGAGGCGGAAGUCAAGAAAUGCCGGCUUCGUAAUGAGGAAGUGGAAGAAGAGCUAGAUAAGCUCAUGGACAGUCGAGAUCAUGAGAGACAAGAAGCCGAAGAGCGGAUCCACCAACUCGAGGCUGAUUUGCAAAGUGCCCAGGCGAGCUCAGCGGAAGAGGCUCAAAAGGCCAAAGACCUCGAUGAACGGAUACGAGUUCAACAAGAGAAAGAGCAAGAGCUUCGAAAUGAGAUGACUGUUCUUGUACGCCAGAAUAGCGAAUGGAGCCAAAAAGCACAGGAUAACUACCAAACCCUACAGUCAGCUUUCAUGAAUCUAUCUCCUGGUGGUUCUGUACCACUCGAACUCCCCGAUAUCAUUCAUGCCAUCGAGGUGCUUUCCGAAGGCUUGUCCAUACACGCCAAGAGCGCUGAAGACAAUGCAUCAAAGGCGAUGACUGAGAUCAAGUCUCUCGAGGAGAAGACGCAUGCGCUUCAAUCGCAAUUAGAAGAACAGGUUAGGGUCUUUGAUGGACGUGAGGCCGAGGUGGCCAAGUUGGUAAAGGAGCUCUCUCAAGUGCGAACUGAAAUGGAUAGUACAAAGCUGGAGCUGGAGCAGGAACGCGCGAAGCUGAAUACUUUGCAUUCACAAGUAUCUACGGGUGAGAUUGGCUCGGAUGCGCUCCGGGGAAGAAUUGCGGAAGAGGAGCGAAAACAUGCAGAUUUGUCUCAGAGGCUAGCGGAUGCCGAAACCAAGGCUCAGGAUUUACAGGACCAAAAAUACGAAUUGGAAAACAAGGUUGAGGCAGCCUCUGAAGCGGAACGAGAUGCUCUAACCCGCUAUGAAGGCCGAGGUACUAAGUGCUAUGAGACGUCCCGGCAACUUUAUUCGCAGGUCGAUAAGUUAGAGCGGAUGCUUGAGCAACUGGGAUUUGCGAUCAUUCAGCAGGAUGGCCGUCUCGUCGUCCAGCGGGCAUCAAAGCUUGCAGCUUCGGUGUCUGGGUUGGGUGAGAGUAUCGCCCAGUCUGGGAUCGUUUCUGCUAAACCCGAUAGUGCACUGCUUGAGUGGAUGCGAGCUGAGAGCUCAGAAGAGGAAGAUGCCAAAUUCUCCGCUUUUCUGGAAAGCCUCUCUCGAUUCGAUGUUUCCAUUUUCGGGGAUGUCGUGGUGAAACGUGUGAAAGACAUUGAGCUUCUAGCACGAAAAUGGCAAAAGGAAGCCCGGGGCUAUCGUGAGAAGUACCAUAGGGUUCAAAGUGAGGCCCACGACAAAAUUGCCUACCGAUCUUUUAAGGAAGGUGACCUCGCUCUGUUUCUCCCGACUCGAAACCAGGCUAUUCGCUCUUGGGCCGCUUUUAAUGUGGGCGCGCCACAUUACUUUUUGCGCGAGCAAGAUUCUCACAAGCUUAACACUCGUGACUGGUUGCUUGCCCGCAUAUCCAAGAUUGAGGAACGUGUUGUAGACCUCUCGAAAUCACUAAAUGGGAUCGCCCCCGAUCGGCACUCGCUUGGAGAGGCCAGCGAAGCCACCUCUAUCGACGACGAGAAUCCCUUUGAGCUAUCAGAUGGACUGCGUUGGUAUCUUCUUGAUGCUGCAGAAGAGAAACCCGGGGCACCUGCUACUCCGGGACUUGCCAAGACUACUGUUGCAUCGACACCAAUAGAUGCUAAGGGUAGCAUUCGGCUCAAGCGUCCAACCGAAGAAAGCACUGUCGCCCAGACUCUGUCUAAGAGCUUGGAUAGUCGUCGGAAUAGCUCUAAUUCUAAACGGGGCACACCGACGCCCUCUCAAAAGGCCAAUGACUCAGCGGUCGAUCUAGUUCGUCCCAUCGACACCGACGAGCCUGCUGCUACAGGAUCUCAUCGUGAAAAUGCCCCCAUUUUUGAAGAGGUUCGCCGUGACCUCCUCUUGGGCCCGUGA